AACACCCAGAAGGAAACUUGGGGUGGACCAACCUUAAAAGGUGGGGAAGCCUUCAGGAACACCUCCCAGGUGCUCUCCCUCCUUGAUGCUAGCAUUCGGCAGGAACUGGAGGCACAUGUUACAAGUCUAAGAGUGAGGCACAGGUGGGGCCUACCCCUCAGGGUCCCCAAGCAUAUUAAUAUCUUGAAGGUGAGGAACUCUGAGGCUUCACCACCUCCACAGCCUGCCCUUCCCUCUUCAGCCUCCUAUGACUCCAGGGCUAACCCCAUUGCCCAUGAUGCCAAGGUCCGGGGAAAACCCACUCAGAAAGGUCCAGGACUGAAGGAGGUAGCACAAACUCCAGUUCCCACCCAGAGGAGUCCUCUCUCUGGCCCCUCUUUUGAGUCCCUGAGCAGAAUUCCAUCUGGUGACAACGGUGGGCUCCCAGAUGCUCCUUCAACUGCACAUGAAAGCAGCCUGCCCUCUCAGCCCCACACUUACAUUCUCGGCCAAGAAUACUCAUGCCUGAAAGCACAGACUGAGCCAAAGAACCAGCCUCAAGAACUGGCUACAGGUGUCAUCCUGCAAGACUUUGCCACUGACAAGUUUCAUCAGGACUGUGCCCCUGAGGUGCUCCUGGCUGCAGACAUCCUAGCUUCCCAGGAGAGACAGUCCAACACUCUAAGCAUGUCCAGUAGGAGUGCAUCAACUUCUCAGUGUGGACUCAGUGAAGACAGCAUCCAGGACCUGCAGGGACCCAAGAUCCCUGAGCUCCAGGAUCCAGGGAAGAGCAGGAGAAAUACGUUUAGGCCAACUGCCAAGAGGGCGGACAGCGUGAGGCCCAGGUCAGGAACACAGGGAGAAAGGCUUUCAGAAGGGAGGCCCUCCUGUGCUGCGGAAAUGGGCCCCUCUGUCCCAGUUAAGGAGGUAGGGGACACUGUGGGGGACAAGUCCUCCCAGGCUCCUUCAAAGAGAAACUUUGGAGACAGAAUAAAGAACUUUCUGCAAAAUAUCUUCCCCAGUAAAGCCAAAGAGCAGGCAAACUCUCUACCCCAAAUCAUGAUCCCAUCAACKACUACCCAAAGCCAAGGGUCAGUCACAAGCCAAGUGCUUAUAGACAAUGCAGUGUCAGAAGCCCAGGCACUCAUGAYUACUUUUGGAUGGAUCAUAGAUCAGAAAAUGAUGUUUCAUGAUGAACAUUCGGCCUCAAAGAAAAACACACUUAAAGAGGAACAGCAGGCCUCUAUGGAACACUGCUCCACAGGUGCAGGCCUGGAGCACAUCGCGGUCUUCUGGGGAGACUGA